ACGGCAGUACAGCAGGAGAGACAAAACCUGGCAGGCAUUCUACUAUGCACAAUGCGCGUAGUCAUCUGGAACAACACCAUGGGGCACCUUCAUUCCAGGUCUACACGACAGCUGCAACACGAUCUUAGCCAUAACGUGAAGACGCUGGCAGCAACCAUCAAGGUCGCGGACUCCCAGCUACAACAGAUGGACACCCGCAUUGCUAUUCUGGAGGCAAGGCCUUCCCAAGGAGCGUCAGGCUGCACGACAGACACGGCGAAACAGCUCAACGAGCGCAUCGACCAUGUCGUCAAUCUAAUUGGCGAACUAGGUGAUUUCACUAGUCCGGCCACGAUCAGCAGCACGGUGGCCACCGUCAAGACGGACAUCACCAAGCUGCAGACAAGACCGGACGCCGCUACAAAGAACUACAAGAUGCCGCACUUCAACAUCAGCAAGUUUGACGACUACAACAAGACGGACGCCCUGGCAUGGUGGCAAGGUUUCCUCACGGAAGCAUCCUGCCGCACUGCCCCGACUGAAGACAUGAUGAAGGCGCUCUACCUCCAACUGAUUGGAGGAACACAGACAUGGAUGAACCAUCUGGCGGCCACCAAGAAAUGCACCAUCGCCGAACUCCACAAGCGCAUUCAGUGGAAGGAGUUCGAGCAACUGUGCUUCACUCGAUUCAUGGUCCACAACGUCGUGAAGGCGACCAUGAACGAGGUUUACACCAGCUCACAAGGAAGCAUGCCAACUCAAGACUGGACGAUCAAGUGGCAGAAGAUAGUGACCAUACCAGGUUUCGAUUUGAGUUUUCCAAAUCAACGAUCCGAAUUCUUUUCGCGAUCGUGCGCGGGACUGCGGUCGGCACUCGACAACGAGUACGACUAUGCCUCAUUCCACGCUAUUCUGGAUCGUGCAAACCUGGUCAUCCAAACGGAUGACAAGGCCGCUAGUGAACGGCAGUCCCAGCCGCACUAUGUGGCUAAGCAGGGCUAUCAACGACCGACACAUAACAAUGCCGUGAUUUAUGAGAAAUCAGUCGAUCUCCACGCUGCAGCAGCAUCCUCGAGUGACGGAGGAACUGUCGCAGCGCUCCCGCCGAAGCGUCCCAAGAGAGUUCGGAAGAACAAGGCGACACAAGCGACGACAUCGACGAGAACUGGGCAGCAACCAUGGACGGCAUACAACAUAACUAAGGAAGUAUUUGAUCUUCAUCAACGGCCUUGGCCCGCGCGUUCGAAGGAAGACGCAACGCAAGUUACACUCGCGGAUGGCCGCACGCAAAAUUCCAUUGACCGAUGCGUCGAUGGCGUUCCGGUAUACUUUGCGCCACUUGCGUGUGAGCCGGUGUCUUUCGACAUCCUCGACACCAAGUUCGACAUGAUUCUAGGCAUGUCUUGGUUGCGUAGCGCCGAUCAUCCGGUGAACUUUCAUGACGGAACCGUUCACAUCCGUGAUCGGAACGGAGUGUUAGUCCCAUGUACGGUUGCGACCCCUCACACUUCGAUUGCUUGUCACGUGGUUUCGGUUGCGAGAAUUCGCGACGCCAUAGCUCGGAAUGACGUCGAGGAAAUGGGCCUUGUAUUCUUGCAUGCUCUCCCCUCGCCAGACGAACCAGCCGCGUCACUGCCAGACCCACGCAUUUCUCACCUCUUGGACGAGUAUGGAGACGUCUUCGAGGUUCCCACCGGAACGGUUCCGGAUCGGCCCAUAUGUCACGGGAUCACUCUCGAGACGGGCGCCGUCCCUCCGCGUGGAUGCAUUUACCGCAUGAGCGAAGAGGAACUCGAGGUGCUUUGCGCAGAACUCGACGACCUCCUUGACAAGGGCUGGAUUCGCCCUAGUUGUUUGCCUCACGGUGCCCCUGUUCUCUUCGUCCGGAAGAAGAACAAAGAUCUACGGUUAUGCAUCGAUUAUCGAAAACUUAACGCACAAACCGUAAAUAACGUCGGCCCUCUCCCUCGGAUUGAUGAUCUCCUUGAGCGGUUAGGCGGCGCAACGUACUUCUCGAAGUUGGACUUAAAUUCGGGUUAUCACCAGAUUGAAAUCCAGCCUCAAGAUCGGUACAAAACCGCGGUCAAGACGCGGUACGGGCACUUUGAGUGGAUUGUCAUGCCAUUUGGCCUCACCAAUGCCCCCACGACUUUCCAAGCAGCUAUGACGACUGAGUUUCACGACUUGCUCGACCGCAGCGUCCUCAUCUACCUCGAUGACAUCUUGGUUUAUAGUAGGACGUUGGACGAGCACAUCGUACACCUUCGCGCUGUUUUGGAUCGUUUGCGACUGGCCAAGUACAAAGUGAAUCACGACAAGUGCGAGUUCGCCAAGCAGGAGCUUGAGUACUUGGGUCGCUAUGUCACGCCGAAAGGCAUUCGUCCCUUAGCGAACAAGAUCCAAACCAUCGUGGAUUGGCCAGAACCUCGUUGCACGACGGAUUGGGGAGGAGUGUUGGAAAUCAAGGAGGGAGAGGGGGAGGAAGGAAGGGUGUGGGAAGUGAGUGGAGAGGUGAUAAGGGAGGCGGGGGAGGAAGCGUCGGAAAGGGAAGUGGAGAGGAGGGCAGAGGAGGGGAACGUGAGAAUAAAGGGAGGGAGGGAGCUGAUAACGAAAAAGGAGAUGAGGAGAGGAUGGGGGGCCAUGACAGGAUAGAGCAGAGAAGUGCUUCUGCAUUCUCAUCAGGUCUGGCGACUGGGUCCCAACUACUUUCCUCAGUAGUAAAAGGAACAAAUAUCAAUACGGAAA